CAUUUUGUCUGGUUUUGUGGGAUUUUAGCAUGUGUGAACAAGCUUAUGGUCUUUUGGUAUUCUUUCUUGGUGGCCAAUUGAGGAGGUAAAACAUUGGUACGGCAUUUUCACCUCCGGUCUCGUUAGGGUGUAGAAGAGGAGAUUUAUUGAAUGAGUGAUUGCAUGUGCUGAUGGUUAAUCUUGGUGCAGCAAUAAGGGUGCCCAUGGGGGUUUAGUAGUUGAACAAACCCGAAGUAGCUUCUCCACAUUUGCUGGUGCUAUCAUAUGUUCAAUCUUGACCAGCAUUCAUGAGUACCUAAUGGAGUCACCGCACAAUAAAUCAAAUUCCCCACAUGAGAUUGGUGAUCGCUUAACGAGUGAUGUUGUCGUAAGGCUUAGGACAGAAGAAGGUCGGGACGAUUGGGUAUAUUGUCAUUCAGAGAUCUUAGUUGACAAGAGCAAGUAUUUUGCUGACCGAUUAUCUGACAAUUGGCCAACAUGCCAGAUUCUUGACUCACGCAACUGCGUUGAGGUAUAUUGUGAAGAAUCUGACUUUGACUACCAUGUCAAUGCCCUCCGACUCUUCUAUGUCAGGAGAGAUGGUUCAUUAAGCGACAUGUGGAAUGGCGUAAGAAAUGCUAUAGGCAUACUGCAAGUGGCCGUGAACCUGGGGUGCCCACAAAUCAUUACGGCAUGUGUUGAAUAUUUGGAAGCUGUCCCAUGGGAAGAAUCAGAGGAGGAGGAGAUUUUGAAAAUCAUACCUGGCAUGGGAUCACAAGUGGAACCAAUUCUUGCCCGACUCCAGCCAGUCAAUCACACUUCUAUAGUCAAGAUUUUUCUCUCUACUCUUCAAAUUGCCACCUCAUCACCCCCUUCACAAAUGAAUGAUCUGAAAACCUCGGCUCAGGAACAGCUCGAGUACAUGCUAACUGAGGAUGAUGAUGCUCCUUUAUUACCAGCUGAUGAGGGGAUAAAGUUUGAGGUACUACAAUGUGUCAAGAGAAUGUUCAAGAAAUUUAGGUAUCUUGUAGAGUCUUUGUAUUGUGGUCGCCAAGAUUCAGUGUCCAAGACAGGUGAAAUUCAGUUUUUCCAUUCAUGUUUGAUAGACUUGUCAUGGGCUUACCAAAUAUUGGCCAAGCUGGAAUGUGUCAAGGAUUUUGUUUGCUGCUGGAUGGAACUGUCAGAAAGUAUCAUCAAUGUUCUUAAUUUAGCAAUUCCAUUGAUGGAGACAAAGUUAAAGGUUCUUGAAGUAACAGCAAAAGUUAUAGAAGCCAUAGGGUAUGGCACUGUUGUCUUGCCUGCUACAAAACGCUUUCACAUGGUGAAGGUUUGGCUUCCAUUUGCUAGGGUUGUGAAAUCAUUGAUGGAUACUAUCAGUGGGGAUGAUGAGAAUGAUCUGGCAAUAAAAAUUGAUGGUGAGCUCUGGCAGUCGUUGGAAUCAGCUUUUGUUUCACUAAUUCUUACAUUGCCAUCUAGUGAUCAGGCAGAGAUUUUGACGGAAUGGUUGGCUUGUAAACAUAUUCAGUAUCCUGACCUGACUGAGGCAUUUGAAGUGUGGUGUUACAGGUCCAAGGUUGCCAAGCGAAGGCUGGCAUUGCUUGGUGGAAAAAAUGGUUUGACUAACAUAGAAUAAUAACAUAUCUUACUUAAAUUUUGGUUUUAUUUUGUGAUAGUUUUAGUAGGCCAUUCAAAUAGAAAACAAGAGAAUUUCUUUAAUGCCUGAACCAGAGUGCGACUUGAAAGCUAAAACAUAUUCAGAUUGGAGUAAAGAAUGGUCGAUGGUUCAAUUUUUUGAAAA